UGUCAAUGAAACAAAACAUUGGAUUUAUCAUGAUUUAUGAUAAUUUCCCGUUUUUAAUCCCAUAUUUUGUUUAAGCAUAUGAAUUAAACCUCGUAAUCUUCUUCAGGCGUUGUAGAAUUCUAUAGCGUUGCGGUUUUUCUUCGUGAUGACUGCUUGUAGAAGAGUGUUACUCCUAUUUUUUAUUUGUUGUAUUUUGUGACAAAAUGAUUCGCACAUACAAACGGAAGCCGCUGGAGUGCCGGUAUAUCGAGGGCGUGAUGGGGCUCUGCCGGCUGUGCCUGGGCGCCGCGGAGUCGGCCGUGCCCAUAUUCACUGAAGACCCUGGUAACAUCUGCUCCACACUGGCUAUGAGGAUCAUGAUCUGUGUUGGUUUGGAUGUAAAACGCGAUGACAACCUCCCAAACCUGGUCUGCGUAACUUGCUACAAAGAUCUGGAACACUAUUACGCUUUCCGUAAGAAAUGUGAGCUGUCCUAUCACAGACUGAAGUCACAUCUCCAAGCGUCUCGGAACCGGCAACCGAUUGAAUCUAUUACAGACAACGAAGAGAUAUUAAAGGAGAUGAUCAAUCAGGACGAGAAUAUGAACAUCAAUGAGUUCGGGUUGGAGGUUGAGGAUGGGUCUGAUGAGAUGGUGAAACCAGAGUUUGUGAUAACUGAUGUGCAACCAGAAGAUGCUGUUCAAGAAAAUACAGAAGUUUCUCAGAGUAAAAAAGGAUAA